UGGCUCGAGCGGAGGGCGGAGUCUGGGCCGGGCCACGUGGGUAUUAUGAAUUCAGCUCUUAAGGAGGAGGUAAAUAAAAGGUACAAUCCGGCCAGUCCGUGGCAGGUUGCGGAGAUGGAGAAGCUGCGGGAGCUGCGUGUGGGCUUCAUCGGGGCGGGGCGCAUGGCCAGCGCUGUGGCCCAGGCGAUCCUGCUGGCAGGAAAAGCCGGAGUCUCUUUAUUACGGCACCCAGAAACCCCAUCCCAGGAAGGACAGCAGGGCCGAUGGCACCGAAAGUGGCUCAGGACGCCAUCGGAAAGAACAGGGGCAUUCUGUCCGGGUCCAGCGUCCAGCAUCAAUCAUCCACCAGGGCGACCGAGGCAGUUUCAGUCCCAAAACCAGGUUGGAAACCAGAGUAAAAUGGCUGAAGAUAAUCUCCCUCUCCCAGGAAGUCCUGGAGUAGGGUCAUCACCACACACCCAAGCAUCUUGUUCAAAAACGGAAAGUUGGAGACCAGACGGAGAAGUCCAGGCAGUGAACAUCUUUGCCAGUGCUCCAUCCAACAGGAACCUGGACAAGUUCCAGACCUUUGAGUGCAAGACGACGCACUCUAACCUGGAGAUUCUGGAGAACUGCACCAUUGUAUUCCUGGCUACCAAGCCCCAUGUGCUCCCCGCGGUUCUGCGAGAGAUCGCGUCUGCGGUCACCAAAAAACACGUCGUUGUCUCCAUGGCAGCUGGAGUCACACUGCAGGCCUUAGAAGAGCUGCUUCCGACUGGGACCAAAGUGCUGCGGAUCAUGCCCAACCUUCCCUGCGUGGUCCAGUCGGGCGCCAUCGUUCUGGCUCGGGGCACCUGCGCUGAGGAAGAGGAUGUGGCCCUGCUGAAGAGGCUGCUAUCUCAUAGUGGGCUGUGUGAAGAGGGCCCUGAAUCCUACAUCGACAUCCACACAGGGCUGAGCGGCAGCGGCGUUGCCUAUGCAUACAUGUUUGCUGAAGCAUUGGCGGAAGGAGCCGUAAAGAUGGGGAUGCCGGGGCCUAUGGCCCAGAAGAUUGCUGCUCAGACCCUCUUGGGAGCAGGAAGAAUGAUCCUGGAAACAGGAGAGCACCCAGCGGUUCUGAGAAGUGCUGUUUGCACCCCAGGGGGAACAACCAUCCACGCCUUGCAUGAGCUGGAGAAGGGGUCUCUACGUUCCACUGUUAUGAACGCUGUGGAGGCAGCCACCUGCCGCGCUCAGACAUUGGGCAAGCGAUAGGAGGGGGUUGGCAUGUGGUGGCCUUGGCGAUGGAGGCCCCCGCAUCUUUUGCGUGGGUUCAGGAUAGAGAACCACCUGGAAGAAUUCUGGGGCAGAUGGCCUGGAGCUGUUGCAUGUGUGAACUUCACGAUUCAAGUCUGUUUUUUCUUUGGAAGAUUGACACUCAUGGGAUUUUCUCCCCCGCUGGCCCCCCCCCCCCGCCCCGUGACUCAACAGUAAGGGAAGAAUCCACACCAGUGACAAUCAUCCUCUCUCUCCGAGCCCUCAAUAUUAUUAAACACACCCAACUCCAGGCUUCCUAUCGACA